AUGGAGUCGGCUGCAAACAAGAGCAUGGUGACUCUGAGCCAAAAAGUCGCGACGGAUGCAGUCCAGCGCGCUGAAAAGCAUCUGGGCAAGAUGUGCGAGAGCAUCGGCAAUAUAAACGUAAAGCACGAGAAGAUCAGAGACAUUGCCGACCGCCUUGCCCAUGGAUGCGUGGCUUACGGAAACGAAGAAUAUGGAACGAGUUUAAAGGAGCUGCACCACUUUGCGGAGCAUGUUUCAGCGGUGCAAGACUACCGCCAGGCUUACAUCGACCAAAUGAAGCAGAAAGUGGUGCCGAUUUUGUCAGGUUACGGCAUGAAAUGCAAGAGCGCGAAGAGUGAGAUCAAGAAACUUGAGAAGCAACAGAAGGAUGAAAUCAAAAAGGCCAAUAAGAUUAAGAAAGCAAAUGGAAAUAUGCAGCAACAGGCACAACAUAGCCACGAGCUACAGAUUCUUUCGAAUUCAGUUGCCGCACAAACGCAGCUUAUGAAAGAGCGCGUUUUGGAUUUUGAAGCACAACGACUAAAAGACGUCAAAGAAGUGAUCACUGAAUAUUGUCGAAUAGAAUUGACGUAUGCAGCCAAAAGCCUAGAGCAAUGGUCCCAGUGUAUGCAAAAAGUGACUCAAAUGAGUCCUGACGACGAUAUCAAGGAGUUCGAGAAGUUGCUAAACCCCCAUAUGACGACCCAUGCCGGCAUUGGAAUGCACUCUACUGCAAAUGCCCUCGCCAAUAUGAGCCAUCAACAACCCACUUUGGCAACGUCAACAUAUAACUCAACAUCAUCGGUCCCGAUGAGUCAUUUCAGUGCAAGCAACGUUCCGAAAAGACCACCGACGCAGUCAUCAAGCCAUUCGCUUUCUCAGCCUUCUGUAGCGAGUAUUAACUCGCAACAAACUACCGCCUCUCAACCACUUCCUCCAGCCUCCCAGAACCAAUCUCAAAGGUCUCAAGCUCCUCAGCAAACAACGUCGCAAGUUCAAGCAUUCAACGAGCAGUCCUACGAAACAGACGAUACUGAGAGUGAGUACGAGACCGUCUCUGAAGAAGAAGAAGAAGAAGAAGAGCCAAAAGCGCCCACUCGUACCGCUGUAACCGGAUGGUAA